AUUCCCCUGAAAUUAUUGUAAAAAUGAGUGCUCCUAUGAGCAAAUUAGAAUAUCUGAAAAAGUACAUGUCCUCUUCGAAAAAAGAAGAAAAUAAAGUCAAGAAAAAGAAACUCAGGCCCUUACUGAAAGCCAAAGGGGGCAUCAAGAUCGUUGAUGAAGAAAUAGAUUUGAGGAAGAUAGCUGCAGGAUACGAGAAAGAUGAAGACCAAAUUGACAACCAAGAAGAUGCUCCUCUGGUGGCUGGGGUUGUCGAUAAUCGUUCCAUAGAAAUGAUAACCAAACAAGACUUUGUGGAAAGUUCAAAGUGGAAGAGACUUGGUGUGGAUGAAAAUGACAAACCAAAAUCCAUGUCUAAAUCAAGUGAUCGAGAUAUUGAUUCAAGUGACAGUCACUUACCAAGGAAAGAUUCCACUGCCUUGAAACGACCAAUCACAGUGAAGAAAGAAAGACAUGAUUCAGAUUCAGAUCCCAGUCCUCCACGUAGAAGACACGAUUCUGAUUCAGAUGCCAGCCCACCUAGAAGAAAGCGCCAUGAUUCAGACUCUGAUCCAUCUCCACUUAGAAGAACGAGAAAAGACUCUGAUCAAAGCCCACCACGAAAACGUCACGAUUCAGACUCAGAUGCUAGUCCUCCUCGAAGAACAAGGAAAGACUCGGAUCAAAGCCCACAACGAAAGCGACACGAUUCAGACUCGGACCAAAGUCCAUUAAGAAGGCGUAAAGGCUCCGAUUCCGACCAGAGUCCACCAAGAAAGCAUCAAAAUGCUGACGGUGAUCUCAGUCCUCCGCGGCGGAAGAAAAACGUUGAUUCCGGUGCCCAAAUGCGCAUCAAACCAGAUCCAGACGGAGACCUCAGCCCUGAGCGUCCUAAUAAAUCAACAUCACGCAGCGGAGGAGCUUCGGAGAAACUGACCAAAACCCUAGAUGGAAAGAUGGCCGGCCUUCAGACUGGCAGAGCUUUGCGUGAGGAGACUGAUGCAUUACGCAAGAGAGAAGAGGAAGCCUUCCGCAAAAUGGACAAAUCACUCACUGGGCAGAACGCCACGACUGCCAUCCGAGCUGGCAAGCUGCGCCAAAUUGAAGCCAAGCAACAGGUUGAUAAAGAAAAAGCCGAGAAGAUUGCCAAGCUGCAAGAAGCUUACCAAAAAUGGAACAAGGGUCUUAAACAAGGAGAAACGCAUUCGACGCAAGUUGCCGAAGCCAUUCACGAAAUGUCCAAACCGCUGGCUCGUUUCGCCGAUGACGAAGAUUUGGAAAGGUUGUUACGCGAACAAGAUCGUGAAGGUGAUCCCAUGGCUGCUUACAUGGCCAAGAAAAAGGUCAAGAGCGGUGGUGACGGCAAGGGGAAAGCCGCUAGACCUGUCUACAGGGGCCCUGCUGCUGCUCCCAAUCGUUUCGGUAUACUACCCGGCUACAGAUGGGACGGGGUUGACCGCUCGACUGGCUACGAGAAGAUGUACUUUGAAAAACAAAACAACGCCGUGGCCCUUCAGGAGGAAGCCUACAAAUGGAGUGUAUCCGACAUGUGAUUCCGAUGAUGAAUUUACCUUGACUGAAUAAAGCCAUGCAAUUACUUUUAGUA